UCUAAGCUGUGAAAAAUGAUGAAUGGGUGAGAGGGAGGGCCCCAUGUUGUGUGUUUAAGAGACCCAACUGGUUAGAGAAAAGACCCACUUAGGUUGGCAAUAUGCAAACUCUUCCAAUACACAAUUGGCUUAAAACUCUUGUGGUCUGUUGUUUACUCCCAACAUCUCACAUGAUUUUGUUUCUCAUUCCUUUUCUUCUUCUUCCUCUUAAAUACCCUCUUUAAUCUCUCCAUUUUCUUUUCAAACUUAUAUUCAAAACUCAAUCUAUCUAUCUAUCUAUCUAUCAUAUUCCUCCCUCCCUCCCACCAGCCACAAAACACACAUACUUUUUCUACUCUUAUAAUAUUAUGGCUAUCAAAAAGGCUAAUCUACUUCAGCCCUCUGCCUCCUUUAAACAUAUUCUCAAAAGAUGUUCAAGCUUUGGCAAGAGAUCAAAUGGCUGCAAUGAAGACGGUCUCCCCGACGACGUCCCAAAAGGCCAUUUCCCUGUCUAUGUCGGAGAAAACCGAAGCCGAUACAUUGUCCCGAUAUCGUGGCUAGCUCAUCCGCAGUUCCAAAGCCUGCUGCAGAGAGCAGAGGAGGAGUUUGGUUUCAGCCAUGACAUGGGAAUCACUAUCCCUUGUGAAGAAGUUGUUUUUCGUUCCUUAACUGCUAUGAUUAAGAUCAGAUGAAGAUCAAACAAAUACAAAUACUCAUCAUUUUUUCUUUUUUCUUUUUUUUUUCUUUUUUUUUUUUUUCAAGUUGUUUGAUUAUUAAUUGGAAAGAAGGAAUUGGAAGGAGCCAAAUUUGCCCUCCUCCUUUUGCAGCAGUUCCCCCUUUUUUUUUCUUCUUUUUUAACACGAUCAUUGACGUAAAAUCAUCUUUGAUUAUAUAUUGUAAAAAUUUGGUUGUGCAGUUUUUUUCAAACUGUGAAGCUAAAGCAUAUAUUAUUUUUCUUUGCUUUUUUUUUUUUUUGGGUGAUUAAGAUGAAAUGCCAAAACCUUGCAAGGGAUUUGAUCUU